AUGACCAACCCGGCAGCUCUGCAAAGACACUGGCUAAGGGGAAAACGGGAGCAGGAUUCCAUUGAGUGCACCUCCUUGGGGGAGAAAUGGCUGGCAUCUACUUCAACCUCUGCUUUGCACUCUUCUGAGUGCCGUGGCGAUGACCGACCCGGCAGCUUUGCUAAGCGUGCCAAAAUACCAUGCAAAGAGAAAGCGGGAGGAGGAAACUCUACCUCGGAGGCCUCUUUGAGGCUUUCCAGUCAAUCUCAAAGGAGGCAGUAUGUUUUGUCACAUGAAACGCUUGGUGAGCGUAACUACCGUUUGUACUUCAAAUCAGUUUACACAUAUUCGAUGAAAACCGACGCCGCUGCAACUUCCAUACGAUGGUCCCAGGAGACCAUGGCUGAGAAAACCGCACGUAACACAGCGAAAGCUGCAGCAAUGUCCAUUCGACGGUCCCAGGAAUACAUGGCUGAGAAAACUGCAUGCCAUGCAGUCGACGCCACUGCAACUUCUGCUGCAAGGGUGUCGGAAAGUUCCCCGAAAAAGCGCACAAGGCGGCAACGCAAUGCAAUUUCAACUUCCGCUGCUAGAGCUGUAGAAGGGCCUACUCAAAGGCUUGAAAGGUUGCAGACUGUUAACCAGCGCCACCAUGCACAACGAGGGCUCUGUAGCCCAACAAAGCAGUUUUGGUUUAAGCUGGCGUUCAACUAUGAGCCAGUUUUGAGGCUUUCCGGUCACAAAGACCUCCAAACAGGAUCCAUGUCAGUUGUCUGGGCAUUGCAAUGCCAAAAAAUGACCUGA